AUGGCAUCGGUGGAGAUGGGAAACACGAGUAGGGAUGGCGACAGAGCAGAUAUGUUACCGAACCAGCUCCCGAAUGAUAAGCCGGAAGACUGGAUCGAGUAUUUCAAGUUGAAGUACUCGAGGGACACCACGAGCGAUGCUCGCAACGCGCUACUGGUGGUAGCGGCGCUCUUAGUCCAAGUCACUUUUCAAGCUGGGAUCAAUCCCCCAGACUACAUAUACAAGAAGAAGAACAAAUCCGGUGAUGAAUUGAAGGUUUCCUCAUCAUCCCUCACUGUUUUCUUGGUGGCCAACACUCUAAGCCUUUCUUCGGCAAUGGCGAUGAUUGAAUAUCUUACGGCAAACAUGCCCUACCAGAGAGAGCUGAGAAUAGCCAUGGCUUGCAUGAUGUUUGCGUAUGGAUGGUCUUCGGGUAGCAUAUAA